UGCGAGCCGAGCGGAGCGGACGCGCUUCACAUGGGCUCUGCGCAUUUCCUACUUUCUUCACCAACUUACCUCUUUAUAGUGCCCGAAAUUUCUACCUCGGACCUUCGUGAACACUUAAGAAACCUCUACGACGACUUCUUUGCCCGUGAGUGCCCCUUGUUUUUGCACAAGCGGCUUACGAAGACCUCCGACGCGACGCCGUCGCACUAAGCCUACCGCCGCCUUGGCGGCGCACGGCGGAGCAGCGACGCACGUCAGCACAUCAUAUGGCCAACGCAGCUGCCUGCCCAGCCAGCCCCAGCGAGUCACACUCGUUGCCCACGGGGACCACAACCACCACCAUGGCCACAGGAAGUGCACACGGUGAAGCCGGCACAUCCAGCGGUAUUUCACAUCAAGCGUUCGUGGACGCACCCCUCCCCGAGGACUACGACUCCAUGGACGAGACCCCAGAACCCGACGCCGCUAACUAUGAAUCCUUCAUCGAACACGGACCCCAGCCGUCGGCCGAAGACCCAGGGCCGAGUGACCCAGCAUGGGAAUACGCCAUCAGCAAAACCCGGGCGAAGAAGCUCCGUAGAGCGGCCCGCAGACAAGAGAACAUCACAGACGCCAACCAACCCGUGAGUGGCCAGACUUUUUUCAACAACCCCUCGGAGCAAACCCGUAAACAAGGCCCGGCUCGCCGGCCAAGACUCCCUCCUUUGCCUAAAGGAGACAUCAAAAUCGUCAUUCGUCCCACAAGAGGGCUAAACCUAAGAGAGUUUCCCAACCAUGUCAUCGCAGCAGCCGUCACCCACUCCUGCCCACAAUCAACCCUCAUUGAAGGAAAAUACAUCAUAAGGCCACACCUGGGCUCUAACAUUAUCGUGGUCAGUACUCAAUAUAAAGACGUGGCAGCGACACUCCGUCAGCUUACCCACCUAACGCUCGGCAACAAAAUUUAUCCAUUGCGGGCCUACGUUCCGUUCUCUCCCCAACUGCUACGUGUGGUCAUACAUGGGCUGGACCCCCGUAACACACGCGAAACGCUGAUGCAAGGCCUUUGGACCCGAGAUACAAGAAUCAAGAUCCUUGACGCCAGGAUUCUGGGGUCCUCAACGACUGCCCUCCUUACGAUGGACGGCCCGAACCUGCCGAAGCUCGUGUACCACGGUGGUUGCGAGUAUCCCUGCUACCAGUACAGGCCUGCACGACAGUUCUGCCAAUACUGCAUGCAGGCAGGGCACAGACCGGACGUCUGCCCAAAUCCAAAUUUGUCAAUAUGCCGAGGUUGCGGAAUGCCGAGCCCCCCGGAAGACCACACGUGCCAGCGCAAGUGUGGAUUCUGUGGAGGCCCGCACGUCACCAGCAGCAGAGAAUGCCAUCAGUGCCUCAAGCCGGCCCGUUCAAGCAAGCCACAAGAACAGCAAAAGAGACACGUCUCCCGCAAGGACGCGUCACAAACGAAAAACAGACAACGGUGGUUCAGCUCCGAGGACCAAGACGGGUCCACUCAACAUCGCAACGUCGCCGACACCCGAAGCACCAGCAGAAAGCGGGCCGCAAGCAAACAACGCAACGAGAGCGCAACGAGGAGUCACGCGCCGAACCAGUCCAAGGCCACCGCGAACACCGGAUCGCGGGAGCAGCAACCCCUGCAUCGUCCGAUUACACAGCCGCUACUGACGCAGCAACAUGACACGCAGCUGGCGUCGAAGCAGAAGCAAGCCCCCCAGGUGCCGGGAGGCGCCAACCACUCAACGUCGAGCCACAGGUCUUCGCAGCAGGGGCCACGGCCAAUGGAGCAAGAACAGGACGAACGGGUGUUCCUGGGCACUAUAUUGAACAUUUCACCGACCGACCGACCGACCGACCGACCGACCGACCGACUGACUGACUGACUGACUGACUGACUGACUGACUGACUGACUGACUGACUGACUGACUGACUGCCUGACUGACUGACUGACUGACUGACUGACUGACUGACUGACUGACUGACUGACUGACUGACUGAGGACGUACUACAUGGCACAUCACAACUCGUCCUUUUCAGGCAUCUAUUGAUCUUGCAACACUCGUGUAAUCAACUUGAUCGUGCAUUUGGUUCUUAUUGUUAUUGCUGUUAUAGCAACCAUGUCGCCUACGGUCAUGCGUGUACAGAGGCGCUUGUUCACUUACCCACAAUUUUUGACAUUUCUUUCUCCCCAACUGCGUCCUGAAUUCUGUCUGCGAGUUUCAAUUAUCGUCGCAUACUUACGCGUGACGACCACUGCGGGCAGUACCACACUGUGAGGGUCCGUGAUGAGGCCCAGAGAUUCGGCUGUUCUCGUCACUAUGAACACAACCUUGUUGAGUGGCCGUGCGCAUUCCAGCUUGCUCCAAUGCUCUCUCUCCCUCUUUCCGCGGCAGCAACGAGUUCUAUCGAUUUGUGGUUCAAGUGGCGGACACAAUGCUCCCGCGUGCUAAUGUGGGUAGCGGCAAAAAUAGCAACAACAAGAUGUAAUUCACGCCGUAAAGACACGACGCGUGCCUUAACACAGUCCAUAAAAGGCUGAUCCACAAAUUCAGUUUACGAACUAUUUCAUUGUCGUUGGUUUUGCGUCACGAGCUACUGUGUUAUAUAUAUGAAAAAAGAAGUCGACCAGUUUAUACACAAACGAAAUUUCCGGAUUUUGUGAAACUUUUUUUCCCCCUUCUUUUUAUUUUCUCCUGCGGGGUGAAUGUCAUGGUUAAAGAUAGCAACACUCAUACGGCGGCGGUUUAUUGUUUGAAGUCGCGUGGCCUAGUGCCGACUGCAUCCACUGCUUGCACUCAGGGGAUGGAGGCAGUCGCGAAACCUAUUUCUGCUGCCGGUCUGCUAACGUUUCAUCGGGAACAAAAGGGUCAUAAACUAGCCUAUGUUUCGUUCAAGUAAUGUCUAUUUCUCUCCCUCGAUUGGUAAUUCGCGUAUUGUGGCAAGGGUGUGCAUACAGGGCGGUGUUCAGGAGGUCCGCCAGAGACGCAAGAAAGCACAACGUCUAAAUCUUUGUCGCCCUCGUCUCCUCCUUAAGACUGUUCUCACGUAGGCGUGGGUAAUCGAGCUAUAACAAUACGGCUACUGCCCUUUUCAUACCUGCUCCGUCCCCUUCUCUAUUUCCGUGGGUGCUCUUGGGGUAACUAUUACGAAGCACCACCGUAUUCUGUUCUCCGGUACGCUGACAUAUCGUAUGGUGGGGCCCAGUCGUCGAUAUAGUCGCAGUCAUGCUGCGUAGCUUAGCCGCGCAACUAUGUCGCAGUAUGAGCAGUCUUACGGCCGCUUAACCGAGAGUACAUCUACCCUGCAUUAUAACAACGUUUCUACA